CUGGGUUUUUAUUUAGCGCGAAAGAGACGCAUUUUCUUCGCGCCUGAAACAGCGGAUUCCGUAAAAGUGACAAAACAGUCGCUGAGUUGCAUGUAAACAAUUUUGUAUUUGUAUAGUACACUCCACCACAAUGGGAAUUCACGGGCUUGCCAAAUUGAUUGCGGACCAUGCACCGUCUGCCAUAAAAGAACAAGACAUCAAAAACUACUUCGGACGUAAAAUUGCAAUAGAUGCCUCCAUGUGUAUCUAUCAGUUCCUUAUAGCAGUCAGACAGGAUGGUAAUGUGUUGCAAAACGAGGAUGGAGAGACGACAAGCCAUCUCAUGGGCAUGUUUUACCGGACAAUCCGUAUGCUGGAGUACGGUAUCAAACCUGUCUAUGUGUUUGAUGGCAAGCCCCCACAGCUUAAGUCAGGAGAGCUGGAGAAGAGAGGAGAGAGGAGGGCAGAGGCUGAGAAACUGCUGGCACAGGCACAGGAAGCAGGGGAGCAGGAGAACAUUGAUAAAUUCAGUAAACGUCUGGUGAAGGUCACCCGGCAACACAACGACGAGUGCAAGAAGCUGCUCACUCUGAUGGGGGUGCCGUACAUCGAGGCCCCCUGCGAGGCAGAGGCGAGCUGCGCUGCACUGGUUAAAGCAGGAAAGGUGUUUGCCACGGCAACAGAGGAUAUGGAUGGGCUGACGUUUGGAACCGGAGUCCUACUGAGGCACCUGACCGCCAGUGAAGCAAAGAAGCUUCCCAUCCAGGAAUUCCAUUUCUCUCGCCUUCUCCAGGAAAUUCAUCUGACUCAUGAGCAGUUCAUAGACCUGUGCAUACUGCUCGGCUGUGACUACUGUGGCACCAUCAAGGGAAUCGGCCCUAAGAGAGCCAUCGACCUGAUCAGACAACACUGCUCCAUCGAGGAGAUCCUGGAGAACAUCGACACUUCCAAGCACCCCGCCCCAGAGGACUGGCUGUAUAAGGAGGCCAGAAGGCUGUUUCUGGAGCCUGAAGUGGUGGACUGCUCCACCGUAGAGCUGAAGUGGAGCGAGCCCGACGAGGAGGCCCUUGUUCAGUUCAUGUGUGCAGAGAAACAGUUCAGUGAGGACCGCAUUAAGAACGGCUGUAAGAAGAUAAUGAAGAGUCGACAGGCCAGCACACAGGGACGACUGGACUCUUUCUUCUCCAUCACAGGCUCCCUAUCAUCAAAACGCAAGGAACCUGAGAUAAAGGGAUCUGCUAAAAAGAAACAGAAGACCGGUGCAACACCAGGCAAAUUUAAAAAGGGCAAAUAGAGGAAGUAAGGAAGGGCAGUCCAGCAGAAGCGGAAUUUGUUAAAAUUAGUUGCAUUGUUUCAGAUUUUUCAUGUAGAAAAAUGUGGUAAACUGUGUAGCUUUUAAUUAACUUCAGUUGAUUUAGCAUGUUUUAUUAAAUGUUUUGUCUUUAAUAAAAGUAACAAUGGA